ACUGCCUGAAUCCCGGAAAAGCCUUGAACUCUCAUUGGCCAGCUGAGGAUUUCAUGAAUGCUUUUCCAUCACUGUAAGAGAUUACUGGAUUGUUUUAGCAGUUGUGCUGCUGCUCCUCAGGCUGUCCAUCGCUUUCUCUCUCUGUUGCUUGGAUGUGACAUUCUGAAAUGAGUCUCACUGGAAUACAUCGAGGAUUCCUGAAGAAGUACGGAGGUUUCUUGUUCAAACAGUGGAAGGAGAAAUUCUUGUAUCUCUCACUGGAUGGCAACCUGCUCAUAUGUCGGGAUGCAGAUUCCCCGCCAGAUCUGGAGAUUGGCCUGCACUCCAGCUGUGAAGCAAUUCUGGAGGGUACAGAGAUCAGUGAUCUUCCUCGACUUCCCCUUGGUGCACAAAAGGAUUGCUGUUUGGCUCUGACCCUCAGAGAUGGCAAAUACCUACUGCUCUUGGCAUCUGAUCGACAGGAAUGCAGUCAGUGGCUUAACAUGCUUCGGAAAGUGAAAGAGAGUACAGUGCCCCGCUCUCCUUUGAGAUCCUGCAGACAUCAUUUCAGCUCGUCUCUGCAAGGCUGGCGAGAGGGUGGUUCCCCAAAGCAUGAUUCUUUUUGCCAGGAGGAAGAGAGAACAUCCCGAAGUAAAAUAGGAAAACGUUCAGCCAGUUGCCUACGACAUGGCAGGGAUUCUCACCAUGCCAUGAAGGCUGUUUGUUUGCUGAUGGGAGGGGCAGCUGCUGGACACAGUCUGGGUUACAUGGUCACCUUGGCAACAUCAGCUGGGAACUCUUUGGAAACACCGCCACCGGAUUUUAAGGACCUGGGUUACCAUCCUUCCACCUGCUCCCAGGAAGCAGACAGCCCACACUUUGACAGUUUUGAGUACGAGUCAGCCGACCAGGACUUUGACAGCUUUGAUUAUGGAGCUUUCAGCUUUUAGGCUGGCAAAUAAUCCCUGAGAACUGAACAUUUCUUUAGGAAGAACUGAAUGGGAACGGUGCAAAAUGUCUUAAUGAUAUUGAGGAGGCGUGCUUUCAAGAUGGUGUUCCUAGUGGAAAAUGAAGCACUAAAGCAACUGAAAAGACAAAGUAGCCAAAUUGUCUGUUACUCGUCUGUGCUGUUUUGGGUGCGGUUUAGUU